UCUCCACCAUCCAAGAUUCUCUCUGAGAUCUUAUCUGUUUUACAGUUACUGAAACUCCUCAAAUAUAUUCAAAAAAAAUUGCACGAUCUUUCAAAACUUUAUUUUAUUUUAUUUGUUUUUCAUCACUCUGUCUCUUCUCUUUUUCGUUUUGUGUUUGUGGUUCUCACGCUCUUGUGUCUUUGAUUAAUUCAAACAAUGAAACUAUCAAUAAAAAAAUCGAUAGGUUUGAAGAAUUGAGUUGCAUGCUUUACGAUUGUCGUCAACACCACUGAGAUAAUUUCGUCUAUAUUCUCUCAAAAUUUUCAUUCAAAGAUCUGUUAUUUCGAUGAUUAGUCGUUAUGGUUAAUCCUUCUCGGAUUAUCAUCUGCUGAGAGAGGCUUUUGAGUUAAGAAGAAGUUUUUUGGAGAUGGAUUUCACAGAAUCAAUGAACGUUGUGCACAAUAGAAUCCAAGCACUUGAACCGGAUAAUGCAUCAAAGAUCAUUGGUUAUCUCUUGUUGAUGCAAGACAAUGGCAACCGCGACAUGAUCCGUCUUGCUUUCAGUCCUGAUUCUGUGAUGCGUUCUGUCAUCAAUUGUGUUAAAUACGAAUUAGCAAAAAAUGCUCAUCACUACCACACCACUCCUUCUGAUCACAUUCCUACUCACAAAUUCGCAUCAUUCACCGGUUCAUCGUCUCUUUUGGUUUCGGUUUCUCCUCCCAUGAAAACCGAUUUUUGGGAGAAUUCAACCGAGAUGGAUUCCUUGCAGAAUAAUGUUCAGUUCUUGAAUUUUGAUGAUUCAUUGACCAGACCUGAAAUCUCUAACGGUUUCUUCUCUCAAGAACGUCAAUGUUUGACUUUGAAAACGAGUAGGAGAUCGCCGAGUUUACCCGAGUUCCCGGUCAAGAUCUGCCAUUACUUCAACAAAGGGUUCUGCAAACACGGCAACAACUGUAGGUACUUCCACGGACAGAUCAUACCAGAGAGAGAGAGUUUUGCUCAGAUGUUUAAUCCAAACAACAACCUAAGUGACGACGAGCAUGUUGUUUCCCCUGGAUCACUUGAGAAGCUAGAAGGAGAGAUCAUCGAGUUGCUCAAAUCUAGAAGAGGCGUUCCAAUCUCCAUAGCUUCAUUGCCGAUGAUGUACUACGAAAAGUACGGCAGGAAUCUUCAAGCUGAAGGAUAUCUCACAGAGUCACAAAGACAUGGCAAAGCUGGCUAUAGCCUCACCAAGCUUCUUGCUCGCUUGAAGAACACCAUCCGCCUCAUCGACAGGCCGCAUGGGCAGCAUUCAGUUAUACUAGCUGAAGAUGCAUCAAAGUUUGUGGAAUACACGGGAGAGAGAAACGAACAUGGAGCAAUCCUUGCUGGUUCUAGACAGAUUUACUUAACGUUUCCCGCAGAGAGUAGUUUCACUGAACACGAUGUCGCAAACUAUUUCUCCAAAUUCGGACAUGUCGAAGAUGUGAGGAUACCUUGCCAGGAGAAAAGAAUGUUUGGUUUUGUGACAUUUCCUUACACGGAAACCGCCAAACUCAUUCUUGCUAAAGGCAAUCCUCAUUUCAUUUGCGGUGCUCGUGUUCUCGUCAAGCCUUACCGGGAAAAAUCACACUCUAGUAACAAGCCUCGCUCUCAAUUCAUUGACAGAGACAUAGAGAUGAACACAUUGCCACCGCGGGUUAGUGAGAGCUCGAGAAUAAUGAGGAAGCCAUUUGUUAGUGAACCUGAACAAUCAGUUUCUAAGUCCUUACCUACUAAUUACUCCUACCUUGGCUUCUCUUCAGAUGACUUCAUGCUAACAUCAAAUGCUGAGCAAGAGGAACAAGAGGAACGGUUGAGCUAUCUGUUGGAAUAUUUGAACACCGAAGAUAAUGUCAUGAACAUAACCACUAACUACAAAGACAAUGAUCGGAGAAGUACUCAUUGUGAAGCGUUGGACAGUCAAGUCCUGAAUCUACCCGAGAGUCCGUUUUCUUCCCUUUCGGGGAAGGAGAUUUCAACGGUUACAUAGGCAGAGAGAAAGACUGAUACCUAAACAAAAAGGAAAGAAGAACAUAGGAGCAUAAAGGUUAGAGGGAAUCCCCAAAGAUCUAAUCAAUUAUCCGUCGGCAAAAAAAAAAGAGAUUCGUUUUUUUUUUCAUUAUCUUCUUUAGGUCUUCGACUGAUCGAUGGCAUGGAGACUUUAGGUUUCUUAGCAAUAAAACCACAAAAAGAAGUGACAGAGGAACACACAACAAAAAGCCUGUUUGCUUCAAAGUUAAAAUAACAGCCGAACAGUUUGAGAAACAUAAAGUUAAAGGGGUAUAAUAAUGAUAUAAUAAUUGGAACGUUUAUGAAGGGUUUAAUCUUAUAUUUAUAUUUGUGUUGUUUCUUUUCAACUUUUUUUUUUAUGCUGUUGGAUCAUAUAUCUCAGUGUACCAUAUGGUGAUCCUUCCUAGUUUUAAGCAAGAAGGUUUAGUGUAUAUAUUAACAACUAUGCAAACGUCUAUAAGAAGUUCAAAGAGGUAA